AUGAUCUAUCGGUGUGAUCAUAGACUUGCAAUCUCGGAAUCGUUUUAUAGUUUGGCGUUUUGUCUCGAAUCUCAGCUAGCCUUAAUUCCACUUCUAAUCUACAGUGUUAAUUAUGGGUUACACGUCGAGACGUCAUUGAGCGUAAACGGAAGGUUCGAAUUGUCACGUCAUAUCCGUCGAGUGACGCAGCUGCGGGUCAGAGGCGGCGGCAAAAUGGCGGCAUCGGACGAGCGGGAGUUGUCGGCGGAGCAAACUGAGAAGCUCCUUCAGUUCCAGGAUUUGACUGGCAUAGAGUCCAUGGACCAAUGUCGUCAUACACUGGAGCAACACAACUGGAAUAUAGAGGCAGCUGUUCAGGACCGAUUAAAUGAACAAGAGGGAGUCCCAAGUGUCUUCAACCCACCACCUUCUCGGCCCUUGCAGGUCAACACUGCGGAUCACAGAAUCUACAGCUAUGUUGUUUCAAGGCCACAGCCAAGGGGUUUAUUAGGUUGGGGUUACUAUUUGAUAAUGCUUCCAUUCCGAUUUACAUAUUACACAUUACUUGAUAUAUUUAGGUUUGCUUUGCGUUUUAUCCGUCCUGAUCCUCGUAGUCGGGUCACUGACCCUGUAGGUGACAUUGUUUCAUUUAUUCAUAUGUUUGAAGAAAAAUAUGGAAGAAUACAUCCUGUCUUCUAUCAGGGAACAUACAGCCAGGCCCUGAAUGACGCCAAGAGGGAGUUGCGCUUCCUGCUUGUUUACCUGCAUGGUGAUGAUCAUCAAGAUACUGAUGAAUUUUGUCGCAGCACACUCUGUGCACCAGAAGUAAUUUCCCUCUUAAACACCAGGAUGCUCUUCUGGGCAUGUUCUACCAAUAAACCAGAAGGAUACAGAGUGUCUCAGGCUUUGCGUGAGAACACCUACCCUUUCUUGGCAGUGAUCAUGCUGAAAGAUCGUAGAAUGACUGUGGUUGGAAGGUUAGAAGGACUUAUCCAACCUGAUGACUUUAUUAACCAGUUGACAUUCAUUAUGGAUUCCAAUCAGACAUACCUGGUAUCUGAGCGUCUGGAAAGAGAAGAACGAAACCAAACUCAGGUCCUGAGGCAGCAACAGGAUGAGGCAUACCUCGCUUCCUUACGGGCAGAUCAGGAGAAAGAACGGAAGAAAAAGGAAGAGCGAGACAAGAAGAGGAGGAAGGAGGAAGAGGUGCAACAGCAGAAGCUGGCAGAGGAGAGAAGGCAGCAGAAUUUGCAAGAGGAGAAGGAACGGAAAUCUGAAUGCCUUCCCCCCGAGCCACAUCCGGAUGAUCCUGAAAGCGUUAAGAUCAUCUUCAAGAUGCCCAAUGAUUCCAGGGUGGAAAGGAGAUUUCACUUUACGCAGUCUUUAACUGUGAUCCAUGAUUUCCUAUUCUCUUUGAAAGAGAGUCCGGAAAAGUUCCAGAUUGAGGCCAAUUUUCCCCGCCGUGUCCUGCCCUGCCUUCCUACAGAGGAAUGGCCUAAUCCACCCACGCUCCAAGAAGCCGGACUCAGCCACACGGAAGUUCUCUUUGUGCAAGACCUUACGGACGAUUGACAUUUAUCCAAAAUACAGAGAUGGAAAGAGAAUUUCCUAUUAUAAUACAAUAUUUUUUUUAAAGACUGCUGCAUACAAACGAGGGAUCAGAGACUAUAUGGCCUGGCCAGCCAUGUCAUGUGACUGCACUGGCAGGAGAAACUGCACACUCGCACACACUCAACCCCUUUUACAUUGAGAGGGCAGACGGGAGGAGCCACAAUUGGCGUCCCAAGAGAGGGGUCAGAAAUGCAGCUUUUGGUAAAUGCUGCUUUUAUUGGAAAUAAUUUACACCAUCAUUUUGACAUUAGAAAAUUUGACGUUCUGCUGCUUUUGACAGCUAAAGAAACGUACGUGUGAGCCAGGUUGAGAUCUGCCCCCCCCCCACUGGGGAAAGACAGAUAGAAGGUUAUUUUCUUCCAGCUUCUCACUCUGUAAAAAAUACCUUAAAUAUAUCUUUUGCUUUGUAAUGACCAAAGGAGAAUGGGUUAACAAUGAUAUUUUUUUUCUAAAUAUGGAGCUGUUGAUAUUCUUAACAACAGAGGUUUUUCUUCUCCAGGGUUGUUAGCUGCAUAGUGUAAUAAACUCUGCCUCUAGUGUGCCUGUGCUAACA